AUGAAUGAUAGGGAGUUGCGGGCUUACACAAAACUCGAUGUCCUCAAGAGGCACUAUAGCGCACUAGCGGCGGAAGCACUGCACGACUACAUCAACGACUUUAUGCCAUACACAGAAAAUUUCAAAAACAUUUCAUGUCACUUCUGCAACAAUGACAAACAACUUCUUUUAACUUUGGAUUGUCCGAUCUAUGUGAUGCCGCCAGGUGUAAAUGCCGCUGCUGCACCCCGUCAGGGUUUGGUGCAUCCGCUGCGUGUUGAAGUUGUUUUUUUGGCCAACUUCCCAAACUCUGCUCCCACCGUUAAACUCCUUCCGAAUACGUUUCGUUGCGGCAAUUUAACCGAAUGGCGUGUGCGUCCGGCUUCUAGCAUCAUGGAUGAAGAUGGUGCCAUUCACUUGGAGAAGUUGGCGCUUCUUGAACAGGCUGUGGUCCCGUAUUCUCUUUUAGAAAUACUUGUGGCACUUACUGAGCAGUUCGAAGCGGAAUUCCCGCUAACUCCAUCAGAGAGGGAACCCAUCGGACAAAACCCCCCCAUAGCCACUGCCACGCCACCCGUUUCCUCGAUUGUAAAUUCUGUUGUUAAUAGUACUUUUUGUCCCACAGACGGUUCGGCUCCACCCAACGUUAUGCCUGUGCCUGAAAUGCCGACAAGUGACCCAUCUGUUGUUGGCCCACAUAACCAACUUAUUCAAGGGGCGUGCGAUGCAGUCAUGAUUCAUUUGCUCUUCAAGGCAGAUGCUUAUUUGGAUACGCGAGCUAAGGCUUUGGAAUACCUAAAAACGUUAGACAAGGCAUCAAAUGAACUGCGCAGUGCACUUGCAACACUUGAGAAGAAUAAGGAAGAGCUACUGAAGUUCUCUCCCGCCCCCGGCAGAGUUGAAGACCUCACCACCACCCUGGAGCAAGUCGCGAAUUCUAUGGAAACACACUCCGAUUGUAUCGUACCAGCGGAUGAGGUGCACGCUCGGGCGUUAGAGUUGUUAGGGGACAUUCACUCCCUGGACGAUGUGUUGGAGUUGUUGGAGCGGUCUCUACGGCAUGGGCAAAUAACGUGCGAGGAAUACGUUCGUCGUGUUUCUGAUGUUGGUCGGCAGCAAUUUGAAGCUCGGUUUCUCUUUGACCGUUUAACGGCUGCGGUCCGUGGUACCCAAAGAUGUGGUACGCCGCUUCCUUCUGAUGUCGUGCCGACGGCAAAUGCACGAGAAGAGCCAUCCGCAACUCAACCGACAACACUGGCCGAGGUGAUUAAACAGCUGCAUGAGGAGUUUCCUGAUGUUGAAUUGGAUGUUGUUAAAGCGGUGCUGGAGGUGACGGAGAUGAACCUUUCUGAGACCCGCGUACAGCUUCAUGCCAUUAUGUCGUAG